CCCGUACCUCUCGGCGGGGAGCCGAUCAUGCAUUCUUUGAGUCUUGGUAAUGGGGAUGUUUUGUCUGGUCAGACACAAAGCCGUCCGUGGGACAGAACCAACGCUCAGCACUCAUGACGUGUUGGCAGCAUCCUGGGAAAAGAGAGCUGCUGGUGGCGCACCUCUGAAUCAGCUGGUUCUUUUUCUCUUUGGUUUUAAAAGCUCUAUGGAAGUGACCUGAUAUCCAGAAUCUUCUCCAAGUAUGAGCAGGAUAAUGUUGAAGUUUUGGUUAAAUACGCUGACGUCUUAUGUUUUGAAAAGCACUAGAAUGUCAAAGGCAAGAACCCCAGAACCCUGCCCAUCCUUCUGUGAGACCUUAGGAAUUAUCUAACAAAUCGAUCAUGUGUCCACUGGGCUGGACCAUCUGCUGGGAGAAGUUCCAGAACCCCAAGAUGCCUUGAGGUUCAUCUGCUUCCAGAAGCAGCUAGCAAUGGUCUUGAUGUUCUUUCCUGUCCUCGUCUUGAGGUCUUUUUGCUGUGUUCCGACGUCCUGAAGUGUGGCCUUCACAAUUGUGAAGCUGAAGGAUGACUUUGCUCUUCCGAUGGGACUACAGUGGAGGAUCGAGCCGUGUGUGUAGAAGUCUGUGGGAAGAAAGAAACACUGAGCAUGUCUCUGCCAAACCAAUCCCUAGAAGGCCUUCCUCUGGAGGCCUCCAACAGAUCCCUGAAUGCUACAGCAGCUUGGGACCCAGAGGUCCUGCAGGCGCUCAGAAUCUCCCUCGUGAUAGUCCUUUCCAUCAUCACACUGGCCACUGUUCUCUCCAAUGCCUUCGUGCUUACCACCAUCCUGCUCACCAAAAAGCUCCACACCCCGGCCAACUAUCUCAUUGGCUCCUUGGCCACCACUGACCUCCUGGUUUCUAUCUUGGUCAUGCCCAUCAGCAUAGCCUACACCACCAGCCGCACCUGGAACUUUGGCCAAAUCCUGUGUGACAUCUGGGUGUCUUCUGACAUCACGUGCUGCACGGCCUCUAUCCUGCAUCUCUGUGUCAUUGCUCUGGACAGAUACUGGGCCAUCACUGACGCCCUGGAGUACAGCAAGCGCCGGACCGCAGGCCACGCAGCAGCCAUGAUUGCGGCCGUCUGGGCCAUCUCUAUCUGUAUCUCCAUCCCUCCGCUCUUCUGGCGGCAGGCCACUGCUCAUGAGGAGAUGUCUGACUGCCUGGUGAACACAUCUCAGAUUUCUUACACCAUCUACUCGACCUGUGGGGCCUUCUACAUCCCAUCCAUCUUACUCAUUAUCCUGUAUGGCCGCAUAUACGUUGCUGCGCGGAGUCGAAUCCAGAACCCACCCUCCCUGUACGGUAAGCGCUUUACCACAGCACAACUCAUCACCGGCUCCGCAGGCUCUUCACUUUGCUCGCUCAACCCCAGCUUCCACGAGAGCCACACACACACAGUCGGCUCCCCUCUCUUUUUUAACCAGGUGAAAAUCAAGCUUGCUGAUAGCAUCCUAGAGCGCAAAAGGAUCUCUGCAGCCCGAGAAAGGAAAGCCACUAAGACCUUGGGCAUCAUUCUGGGGGCCUUUAUCAUCUGCUGGCUGCCUUUCUUUGUGGUAUCAUUGGUCCUCCCCAUCUGCAGAGACUCCUGCUGGAUCCACCCGGCCCUCUUUGACUUCUUCACGUGGCUAGGUUAUUUAAACUCUCUCAUUAACCCCGUCAUCUACACUGUGUUCAAUGAAGACUUUCGACAAGCGUUUCAAAAAGUGAUCCAUUACCGGAAGACCUCUUAGUCGGAUUUCAGGGUGACUCUUGUUUAUCUGUUAUGUCCUGUAACCCCGCUGGGGUUGCCUUUUUAAAAUUACUGUCAUUUCUCUGAGACCUGGGUUGAUUUGUGCUAUCUUGGGGUCUUGGAUUAAAUCAAUAGAUUUGUUCUGUGCCAGCGUCUUCUAGACUUCUGAACCACCUAAAACUAGGCCAUUGUGUUGUAUAAAGGGGGACGGGACUGAAGACAACAUCCUUUAACAUAAUAUCCUUGUGAUUCUCUGGAUUGGAAGAAAUAGAAACUGUAGGACCAAGCUGAGGAACUGUCUUAUUUUCUAGCAGGCUCGGAGGGAAGGCCUUCUGGUCUACCUGGGAUUUUACAGAGGGAUUUGGAGAAUGGUUGUGAUUAUUGACUUGAAUUAAAAGAGAAUUUGGCGUUAGAAUGGAGGGGGCUGUCAUCUCCUGUAGUGCA